UGCAGCUGUCCUCUUCCCGGAGCAGCGCGGCCAUGAGCCGCUUCAAGCAGCACCGGGUGGAGGCUUUCUACGACGUGGGCGAAGAGCUGGGGAGCGGCCAGUUCGCCAUCGUGAAGCGAUGCCGCGAGAAAAGCAACGGCCGGGAAUUCGCCGCCAAGUUCAUCAAGAAGCGGCAGAGCAUGGCGAGCUCUCGCGGCGUGCGGCGCGAGGAGAUCGAGCGGGAGGUGGACAUCCUGCGGCAGAUCCGGCACGCCAACAUCGUCACGCUGCACGACGUCUACGAGAACCGCACGGACGUGGUGCUGAUCCUGGAGCUGGUCUCCGGAGGAGAGCUGUUCGACUUCCUGGCACAGAAGGAGUCUCUGAGCGAGGAAGAGGCCACUCAGUUCAUCAAGCAGAUCCUGGAGGGGGUCAACUACCUGCACGCCAGGAAGAUAGCCCACUUUGACCUUAAGCCUGAAAACAUUAUGCUGCUGGAUAAGAACGUCCCGCUGCCCAGAAUCAAACUCAUCGACUUCGGUCUCGCCCACAAGAUCGAAGCCGGCGUUGAGUUCAAGAACAUCUUCGGAACGCCUGAGUUUGUGGCUCCGGAGAUCGUGAACUAUGAGCCGCUGGGCUUGGAAGCAGACAUGUGGAGCAUCGGGGUCAUCACCUACAUCCUGCUGAGCGGCGCGUCGCCUUUCCUCGGGGAGACCAAGCAGGACACGCUGGGGAACAUCUCGGACAUCAACUACGAGUUCGACGAGGAGUUCUUCAGCCACACCAGCGAGCUGGCCAAGAAGUUCAUCAGCCAGCUGUUGGAGAAGGAUAAGAAGAAGAGAUUAACAAUUCAAGACGCUCUGAAUCACCCAUGGAUCAAGUCCAUCGAGCACAAGGAGGAGACUAAAACCCGGGAGCCCGAGAAACGGGAGCGCCGCCAGCUGAAGACCAAGCGGCUGAGGGAGUACACCAUCAAGUCCCACUCCAGCAUGCCGCCCAACAACACCUACGUGAACUUCGAGCGCUUCGCCCAGGUGGUGGAGGACAUCGACCAGAUGGAGAGCUCCUUUUCCAGCCUGGCGGCGGCCCACGACUCCCUGCAGGAGGACAUCGACGCCAUGGUGUCCGCCUACAACGAGAAGGAGGCCUGGUACAAGGAGGAGAGCGAAGACGUGCGCCACGAGCUCUCGCAGAUCCGCUACGAGUUCCGCAAGGUGGAGGCCUUCAAGAGGAGCCUGCAGGACGACGUGCAGGCCUUCAGCUCCGGCCUCGGCGCCGUCACCAGCCGCUACCGGGAGCGACAGAGCCACUUCGACGCGCUGCGUCUGGAGCUCAGCAACGAGCUGAAGUGGGUGCAGGAGCUCCUGAGGCAGGUUGAGGGAGAGCAGCUUCAAGGGCUGGAGGAGGCUGGUCUCAAGUUCUUAUUCACUGUAAAGAGUGAAGAUGAUGAAGAGGAAGCUCAGUCCUCUCAGCUUCAUCAAAGACAAACUGAACACAUGGAAACAGAAGCUGAUGGAGCGGAUUGUGGAGGACCAGAACCAGACAGGAAGUUAGAUCCAGAAAGACAUCCAGGACCAGAUACUGAUGAGACUGAGGACAGAGAUGAUUGGGAGGAGACUCAGGAACCUCAGUCAGAUGUGAACCCUCAAAACAAAGAAGUACCUGUAGGUGGUGUGAACUGUAGUACUGGAAAUACAUCAAUCAGCUCUCCUGAAUGUGCUGGAAGCUUUGACCACAAGGGACAUCUGGAGAAACCCACUAGCUCCAAAACAGGAGAGAAACCAUUUCAAUGCUCACUUUGUGACAAAAGAUUUGGAUGCAAAAGUAGUCUAAAAAGACACAUGCCUGUCCACACAGGAAAGAAACCAUUUAGUUGUUCAGUGUGUAGUAAAACAUUUACACGUAAGGGACGCCUGAACUCUCACAUGAAUGUCCACACAGGAGAGAAACCAUUUAGUUGUUCAGUGUGUAGUAAAACAUUUACACAAAGGGGAACCCUGAACUAUCACAUGACUGUCCACACAGGAGAGAAACCAUUUAGUUGUUCCCUGUGUAGUAAAAAAUUUGUACGCAAGACUAAGCUGAACAUUCACAUGUUUGUUCACACAGGAGAGAAACCAUUUAGUUGUUCAGUGUGUAGUAAAACAUUUACACAAAAGAGUAACCUGAACUAUCACAUGAAUGGCCACACAGGAGAGAAACCAUUUAGUUGUUCAGUGUGUAGUAAAACAUUUACACAUAAGAGUAACCUGAACUAUCACAUGAAUGGCCACACAGGAAAGAAACCAUUUAGUUGUUCCCUGUGUAGUAAAACAUUUACCCAAAAAGGACACCUGAACUCUCACAUGUUUGUCCACACAGGAGAGAAACCAUUUAGUUGUUCAGUGUGUAGUAAAACAUUUACACAAAAGAGUAACCUGAACUAUCACAUGUUUGUCCACACAGGAGAGAAACCAUUUAGUUGUUCAUUGUGUAAUAAAACCUUUUCACAUAAGCACAAUCUGAUACAACAUUUAAUUAUCCACACUAGAGAAACUAAUUAGUUUGCUCAAAAAGAUUCUCUUGUCUCGGUUAUUCCAAAAAUCACAAGUGUAGUUAUGAGAGUCUCUGAAAUAAACAUGGUUAAACAUUUAAAAACUGUCAGGCUGAUACAGACUCCAACAUAAAUCUAUUCAGCUGAGAUUAAGCUUCACAUCAAUUUAUAUUCUUUGACGUGAGUUUCUCUGGUAUUCUCUUAUGUUUCAUGUGUUAUGUAUUGUCACGUAUAUAUGAAUUUAAAUGGUUUUCCAUUGUCAAA